UCAACCACGCCCCUUCAUCUUUCUCCGCCGCUUUCCACUUUUCACAGAAGAAAAAUAUAUUUCUCUCCCACCCUUCCCCUCUACCUCUCCCUCACGUCCCCAAAUCUUCCCUCUCUAACUCAAACUCUCACUUCUCUCUCUCACAAUCUCACGACCCUUUCCUUCUCUCGAUCUCUCUCUUCCAAUUAUCAAACCCUCUCUUCCACGCUCUCUCUCUCUCUCUCUCUCUCUCCAUCCUCCUCUUUCUAUUUCAAUUUUGAGUUUUCAAAUUUUAAGUCGAGAAUCCUAACCACAGGGCGACAACGCGGCCAAAUUCAUUUUUAUUCGGCUGGUGGAAUGGUGAAAACCGUUGGGACGAUUUGAACGACUCGAGCGGUUAAUCGUUCAAACCGUUCACCAACCGACCAGUUCACCCAUUGCGGUUUUUUGACUGAUCCGAGUCGGGCUGAUGGUUGGGUCCUGGUUUUACCGGUACGAACGACCAGACUGACUCGGUUUUAACAACACUGUUAAUGAGUUUGUUUGGUUGAAAUUAUUGUUUUUAUUUUCGUUCCAACUAUACUCCUAACUUUUUGUAUGUGUUACUAUAAGAUGAGUUGUAUCUCAUUUCUCAUUUUCUUGUACAUAUUAUUUUGGGCUUGAGACUUGUUGGUGAUUGGGCUUUAUUUGUGACCCAUGCAGGCAUGGAGAGGAUUGGCCAAAUGAGUCACGCCUCUCUCCUAGGAUUAGGAUGUAGGAUGGUGUUUAUAUAGUUCUUUGCUGUAACAAUGGCGGCUAAGAGAGACAGUUCUGAAUAGUGGAUUUGAGCUCGAAGAGUCGCAACUCUUAUGUGAAUUAGUCUUGGUUCCAGGAAUACCAUGUAAAUCGGUUUGCCUAUUUGUUCCUUUUCGUUAUCUGUGAUUGUCUUUUAUGGUAUCAUAGUCUACUACAAUGGAAUCCUAGCCGUUCCCCGGCAACGGCGCCAAAAACUUGACUCACUUCUACUGUCACUCCAAGAAUUGGCCAAGUGAAACCACUUCCUAAAGCGUAGUAUGGCGGGUUUAGGUUUAAUUAUCAACCCGGGUCCUAGAUUUGAUGACUACUUAGUGAACUCUUGUUAUCUAGUAAUGAAACUUUAAUGCAAAUCUUGACUAACAAACUAACAAAGCAAGUAAACGGUUGUAUUCAGGUUAAGAGAGGUCACCCGGAUAUGGUUCCCCCUAGACUGCAGUUAAGCCGGAUUGCAAUUACCAAGUUUAGUUUCUAUGAUAGUUAUACUGCGGAAGGUUCUUAAACAGCCUGAAGUCUUGACUAAAGGUCUUCAGACCCUCUCAAUCUGAGUCUCUAGCGGGCGACUAACCUCCACCGGAGUAAACAGAUUGAGGCCUUAACAAACAAAACCUCCACUACCGGAGUGAAUCCGGUACAGAAUAGUGAGUUGGCUUCUCGACUAAAGUCACCAACUCCCUACCUUCAAUCAAGGAUGCUCUAUCAACCUAGGCAGAUAUUCUCGUUCUAGGUUAAAGCAGAAACAACAGGAAUUUGAUCAGGAUUCAAGUCAUUCAAUCAUUCAAACCUCAAUCGAAUAUAAUCAAAUCAUAGAAUCAGUACUUGGGUUCAUACAAUCAAAGCCUAACAUACAAAUCUAGGGUUCUCCAUACCCAGAUGAAUGGGAGAACUACUCCAUGGAGAAAGAAGCAAAAGCAGAAUCAGACGCGGAAUUCAUACUGUGAAGGAUGGAUUCCUGCUCCUGGACGUUGAUCGGCACUUCUCCAAGCUCAAACUGGCCUCCAAUGGUGAUGAAGAUCAAGCUAGGGCACUUGGAGACUCUUGUUCGUCACUUUCUCUCUCUAGGAAUCGCUCUAUCUCUCUCAAAACUCGAAUCCCCUUCUCUUUGGCUGAAAAUCUGCUUAAAAGGGCAUCAGUGGCCAAAGCACGGUCGAGGGCACGGCCGUGUAAUGCCUCAGCCCGCCCGUGCUUUGGCUAGGGUUAAUUACACGGCCACCUGUUGGGAGAAACACGACCGUGCUUUUGAGAGGACACGGCCGUGCUUUGAUGGACACGACCGUGCUUUCAGCCCGUGUAAUCAGCUCAUGUUUGCCAAACUAGAAUUAGCUCUCGGCAGUAAAAGCACGGCCACAGAACACGGCCGUGUUCUGUUUUAGGUGUGCCCGUGUUUUGGCUCCACCUCGACGAAAUGACUUCCGAAUGCCCUGAAACUCGUGCUUAGCCUUUCCUUUGACACCUGGGACCUGAAACAUGACAAAAUAGCACAACCCGGCGUAAAAUAGGCCAAAAAUACACGACUAUGCCCCUCAAACAGAUAAGAACUAGGGGCGCAAAUAUGUGCAAUUACAUCGUUAUCAAAUUCCCCCACACUUAACCGUUUGCUUGUCCCCAGGCAAACCUAACUCAAACCGAUGCAACUCUCCAGACCUCUAUAGCAACAAACAACCCAUAUCGUAGGUAGAGGACUUCCUAGAUCAUUUAGCAUCUUACGAGGUCAACCGACGCACAAAUCAUCUCAUAGCUUCUUCGGCGAGAACGCUAGUCUCGAGUCGGCAUCAUGGCAAAUAGUGAAUAGAGGACAAAUGAAUCG